GGGCAGUGAUCCAAGAUGGCGGUUCCUAAAGCCAAGGGUUACAGACCAAGAUGCUUCUUUGAUGUCACUAUUAAUGGCGAAAAAGCUGGAAGAAUCAUCUUUGAGUUGUUUGCUGAUGUAUGCCCAAAGACUUGUGAAAACUUUAGAUCUCUAUGUACAGGAGAUGCUGGUGUAGGGAAAGUCACUGGCAAACACCUUCACUUCAAGGGAUGCCCCUUUCACAGAGUGGUCAAAGAUUUCAUGAUCCAAGGAGGGGAUUUCACUUCAGGAAAUGGCACAGGUGGAGAGUCCAUAUAUGGUGGUACUUUUAAUGAUGAGAGUUUUGACCUCAAGCACGACAGACCGAUGCUUUUGUCCAUGGCCAACAGAGGCCCCAAUACUAAUGGCUCGCAGUUUUUCAUAACAACUCAACCAGCACCACAUCUCAAUGGUAUUCAUGUGGUCUUUGGACAUGUCAUCCAAGGUAUUGAGAUUGUACAAGAUAUUGAAAACCAGCCAACCAACGAAAAGAGCCACCCAAUAGCUGAUAUAAGAAUCGAGAACUGUGGAGAACUCAUCCCAAAAUCAAAAGCAAAAGCUGAGAAAUUGAAAAAGAAGCGGCAGGUUUCUCCCUCAGAUGAGUCUGAAAGUGAGAGUGAAUCAUCAGAUGAAGAAAGAAAGAGAAAGAAAGGAAAGAAAAAGAAAAAAACAAAACAGGUCAAGAAAGAAAAGAAAAAAGAGAAACGUGGCAGUGGUGAUGAUGACGAUGCUGUCACUAGUGGGUCUGACAAGGAAAAGAGUGAACCCAAUGAAGAGGCUGCACCCUUCUCUGGUAACCCACUGUACAUGCCAGCAGUACAGAUAGAUGCUGUUCCUGAUGUACCAACCAGCUCGUUCCUCAUGAGAAGAAGUAGAACUCCUUCUCCUGUUAGAGAAAAGAGAAAAGAAGAAAUGAAACGAAAAGGCAAGUCCCCUCCUGGAUAUCGAGCACCACCUCAAUCAGUCAACAACUCAAAGCCAAGGGUCUCGAGUUCAGGACGAAUACUUCGAGGUCGUGGAAGAAUGAGAUAUCGAACUCCACCCCCGGACGCUCAAGAGGAAUCGCCCACCCGUCGUAGAUCACGAAGUCGGUCUCGUAGUCGAUCUCCCCCAAGACGGCGCCACUCGAGGUCCCCGAGAAGGUCAUAUCACGAUAACCGAAGACCACUGAGAAGAGAUCGGUCAAGGUCGAGAAGUAGAUCUCCAACCCGACGAAGACAUUCUCCUAUUGGUCGCAGAAAUGGUAGAAGAAGUGCUUCGCCUAUUGGUCGCAGAAAUACAAAAAGAAGCGCUUCGCCGCCGCCACGGGAUCGUUCCCGCGAAGUCCCGCACACGCAGGAUCGUUUUCGGGAUAGUAGUAGAUGGGAGCGAAAUCAAAUCACUGAUGCUGCGAGACCUGAAAGAGAGUCUAAAGAAAAUGUUGAUAGAGACAUUUAUUCAAGUCACCAGGAAGAAAAUAGCAGGGAAGGGGGAAAGGAACGCGGUCGUCACUCCCAAGAAGUACUGACCAAUUCAGAGGAGCAAAGCCAACCGCCAGUUAGAAUAGCUGCUAACACAAGCAGAUGGGAAAGACAUCAAAGUUCAGAUGAGGAACCAACAAGACAAGGUAUACCAGUAAUGGAGGAUAACUUAGACGGCGCUAAGGACACUGAUCAUGGUAGACAUUUAUUUAGUUCUGGUAACGAUAAUAAACUGUUAGGCAAUGAAUCUGAAGUAACUGGUCAACAGAGGUCUUCAGAAAGAAAUCCAAGAAAGAGAAAUACCCGUUCAAACACCCCUGAGACUAAGAAGAAAUCUCUAAGAAAUCGCCGAAGAUCGCGCAGCAGCUCUGAAAGUUCUCCCGAAUCUAAAAGAAAAGUAGAAAAAAGAAAGCGCAGAAGUAGAUCCCCAAGUGACAGGCGAGAAAGGGAUCGAAGUCGCAAGGAAUCUAGUACUGAUAAGGAUAAAAAAGACAAGAGCAUAUCACGUGAAAGGAAGAGUCGAUCACGUGAACGAAAGAGCAGGUCACGUGAAAGAAAGAAUAAGUCACGUGAAAGAAAGAGUAGAUCACGUGAAAGAAAAAGUCGAUCACGCGAAAGAAAGAGCAGGUCACGUGAAAGAAAGAGUAAGUCACGUGAAAGAAAGAGUCGAUCACGAGAAAGGAAGAGCCAAUCACGUGAACGAAAGAGCAGAUCACGUGAACGAAAGGGCAGGUCACGUGAAAGAAAGAGUAAGUCACGUGAAAGGAAUAGUAGAUCACGUGAACGAAAGAGAUCAGCUGGUCGGCGAGAUAAAAGACGUGACCGAAAGAGUAGUUCAUGUGACCGCAAGAGUAGAAGUAGAUCUCGUGAUCGAAGUCGGAAAAAUCGUAGUAGGAGCCGUGGCAGGAGAGAAAAGAGCCGAAGUAGAUCACGUGACAGGCGACGCAAGAGUUCGAGUCGCAGUCGCAGUGGACGCCGUCGUCGAAGCCGCUCAGCUAACAAACGAUCAUCAGGCUGGAGCAAAAGAAAGCCCAGAGACAGCUCUUCUGACUCGGACAGCUUUGAAAUGAGUCACUUGGACAGGAACAAGGGUAGGAAAGGGAGCAGGCAUGAAAGUGCGGCCAGUACAGCAAUGGCUGCUGUAGCCCUUCAAGAUCACCUCUCACGAUCACUUUCCUUACAAGAUCCCUUCAAUAAAAAGAAAAUCAACCACCGUCUACCAGUAGCAUCAAGACAGAAGAAUAAGACCAAAGCUUCUUCUUCUUCUUCAUCCUCCUCGCCAUCAUCUGUAGACAGCACCAAAAAGGUUGUAAAAGAAGAGGAGUAUGUCUUGGAUCCUAAGCUUCCACCUCUUACUCUUGCCCAGAAGCUUGGUAUAAUAGAUGCACCAGAACAGUUACUAUCCGACAAUGAGUGGCAGGAAGUAAAACAGCAGUCCAAUGCAAGAAUGGAUUCUAAUCAACCUUGUGUCAUAUGCAAGGAAGAUUUUGGGGUCCAGCAACAGGUUCUUCUCUCAUGCAGUCAUGUGUUCCAUAGGGCCUGCCUUGAAGCAUUUGAGAGGUUUUCUGGUCGUAAGUGUUGCCCAAUGUGCCGCAAAGAACAGUACCAAAAGAGAGUGAUUCAUGAAGGUGCCAAGCAACACAGAAUCAAAUGUGCAACAAAAAUUCAAGCUGUUUGGAGAGGCUAUGUUGUUCGUACCUGGUACAAGAACCUGAGACAAACUGUUCCACCCAAGGAUCCAAAACUAAGGAAGAAAUUUUAUGAAGACAAGCUGCAAAGUAUAACAGAUCGUCUCAUUUACUCAACGGAAACCAGCAGUCAGAACAUUGAUGACUUGAUGUCUGAGAUUGAUCAGUCUAUUGCUAGUAGUAGAAAUAUUAUGAGCAAAGUUGAAGAAGAUCGCUUCAACUACAUCAGUGAUGACCAGUGGGAUGAAGUCCAAUUAAAGAUGGCAGAACGUUUGAUGACGACGAGUUACAGAUAUGAAGUAGUCAACCCGAAUACUAAGAUGGUACGAAAGGCUUUGACAGACCAAAACGCAAGAAUACAGAUGGAUGAGUUGAUUGCUUCAAGAGUAAGUGAAGAAAACUUGAUGGCUAAAGAAUUUGAAAGAUCUAUUUGGCUGUCCACUUUAGACGAAAAAAGUGAAAAACGUCGAACAAAGAACGAAUCAAAAUUGGUAAACGAAGAGAUGAAAUGUAGAAAUAAAGAACUAGUUCUGGUUCGUAGGGCAAUGUUAAAAAAACUAUUUGAAGAAGAGAGAAUACAACAGGAGCAAGAGCUGAAUGCUAUUGGAAAAACCUUUUAUAUUAAACGUGUAUAACUAGUAGAAAUGUAGUGUAAAUUAAUUAAAUU